AUGCGGAGCAACAUCAUUAAGCUUCAUUUCGAAAAUCAAACCACACCACAGCAGCGUGCAUAUGUCAGCGCCUUGUCUGGUGGGAUCUCGGGCGGCGUUGUUACGCGUCUAAUGGCCCAUAACCUGUUCAAGAUGACUGAUUUAUUAUCAGGAGGGCGCCUGGUCCCUGGACUGGUCGUAUUCUCCCUGCUCGGCUAUGGUGGUCAAACUGCGUUUAACAAACUCGACGCGUGGCAAAUGGAGAAGGCCCAGGCCCCCACUAGGUCCUGGGCGCAGCGCAUGGCCGAUUCUAAAUGGAUACCAUUCCGCAAUCUUUCUGAUGAUGAAUACCGUGGCAUCUUGAGUGAGAAACUGUUGAGCAUUGAGGCUGAAAUUGCUCUACUCGACGAAAAGAUCGAAGCACUCGAAAAGUCGAGGCCAGCAACCGACGCCUCCUUGAAUCAAUAG